AUGGUUAUUCUGAUGGCUAGGCUGUUUCUUCCUCUCGCGAGCUUCGUGUACAUCUGUGGUUCUGUUGUGAUGCCAUCAGAGGAAAACUAUCCUGAUAAUGAUCGGAACUAUGGUUUCAGUUACACUUUUCACCAAUGUCUGCGGAAUGAACAUGGACAUUCUAUUGGACACGUGUUACCUUGUUUCAAUAAAGGCGCUCUAGCUGGUCUAAUGGACGCCAGUGAACAUGAGAGUGUAGAGAUUUCACAUGGUGUGACUUUGAUCAAGGAUUUAAACGACAAAUCACCUAAGACAGUCGUCACACCAGAUAUGGACACUACCGAUUACAGGAACGUAUUGGAGGCGACUGCAGAAUUAAUUGCGAGGAGAUCUUUGAGAUGGGAUAUGAGUCUUAUCCAUCCGGGAUUAUUCAUGAAAGUAGGGCCCAUGGUUAACGGUGCAGGGGUGAUGGAAUUCGUCAUUGAACGGGGCUACCCCACAUACAAUGACCGGACAGCAGGAACGGGUGGACUGAUCUUGAGACACAUCCUGGUGCCCCUGCUAUUGGGAUUUAAACUGAAAUUGAUCACACUAAUUCCUCUACUCAUCGGUGUUGUGAUCAUCGUCUCUAAGAAGGCCCUAUUGCUAAGCAAAUUGGCGGUGUUCGUUACUACGGUCCUCGGCCUAAACUCUUUGCUAUUCCUACAGCAACCACAACAGUCUCAUUUACAGAACACAUUCGGGGAUUCCUUCGGGCCCCUGGGGCCACAGACAUUUGCCCACCAUAACAAAGACAGUCUUCACCAAUUUGAAGGACAAUUUGAUGAUUUUCGGGAACCCGUUUAUAGAGAAAGGGACAGGAUUGAUCACUGGAAGAGUGGAGUUGUGGACUGUGUGACAUCGAGGGCCUCGACGUUGCUGGACGGGUUGUUAGGAAUCGGCACCAGGAAUCAUCAGCUGCUGAACAAAGAAGGAUUCGAGCUGAUUCCGUACGACGAAAUUCUGGAAGAGAGUCCACGGAACGACGAAGAAUUGCCGUUAGAGGACGAUGAAGAGGACGAGGACGUGUACGACGAUGAAAAUAAAGACUCGAGAGAAGGUGUGGGUGAAAAUUUUCGCAAAAGGAAGAUUAAGAGAGUGAAUCGCAAGAUGAAAAUGAUCAUAAUGGCUAUCAUAACGGCGAUGGUUCCAAUAAUCGCUGCGGUCAAACUCAAGUACUUCAUUAUGGUUUCCUUGGGACUUGGUUUUCUAGGCUUGGUUAUUGGAAAGACCAUAAUGUUCAGUAUGCUAGCUCUACCUGCAGCAUUUAUAGGAAAUUAUAAAAGAGAAUCCUACAACUUCGUGAGGCGAAUGGAUCAAAUGGUGGGUGGUCGUCCCCUGUUUGGGGAUGGAACCGACCCCUACGCUGGAGGCCGUCGCUUGACACGUCUUCGAGAGAACAUCAGUUUCUUACCAAAUUCUAAUUGUAAUAAAAUGAAAUUAUAUUACAUUUUACUUGUGUUCGUUGUGUGUGGAGUGAUGGGUCAGAGUAAACCAGAAACAGAUGAGACGAUAAAUGAAGUUGAAGACAAUGGUAAUUGGAAGCUGCUGUACAGGUUAUUCGUGGACUGUGCUAAAACACAAGACGUCAGCGUUUGUUUGAAGAUGAAGGCGGUGACGUUUAUGGACAGAGCGGUGUCAUUGAAGAUACCACUCAUGAUAAACGAUUACAUCUCUUUAGCCAGAGAUCCAGCGUAUAAAGAAGGUCCUCAGGGCAGAUCUAUGCAACCGUUGUCUGAAACACAACUCGAUGAAUCCUUACCGAAGUCAGCGGAAGAACGGGGCGAACGACUGGAUGAAUUGUUGCAGGAGAAGCUGAAUUCAUUCCUUCAGUCCAGAACACUGCAACUGAAUUUUCCUGCAGAUAUUUUUGAAGGCAGAAAGAGGAAGAAGGGUGGCGGAUACCUCUUGGCUGCAGGAGCAGCUAUGGCCGCGAUGAUGGCUCAGAUGUUCAUGGGCAAAAUUGCACUAAUUGCUGGCAAAGCGCUGCUUGUGGCCAAAAUCGCCCUUGUCCUUUCAGCAAUAGUUGGACUCAAGAAGCUUUUCGGAAGUUCAGGAGGCGGCGAAUCUCAUCCACAAGUCGUUUACGCGUCAGGGGGCCAUGAACAUGGCAUGUGGCAAGGCCGUGGCAUCUCGUCGGACCCCUUACUAGCCCAUGACAUGGCUUACCGAGCCCACAAAACAGAAAAUGCAAGCGACAACUGAAUAAGUGUUAAGACCAUUUCUGCGCGAAUUAAGUAGAGGUGUAGCAACUCUCCGUGAGUAGAUAUAUAAGAUGUACUAACGGGAAAUUUAAUUAAUUAAUUUAUUUAUUUAACAAAUAUUAUUUAUGUA